AUGUCCGACUCUGACGACAUCUCGCGCCACAACGUCCCCGGCUUUAUGGAAGACGACACGCAUAUCGUCGACGCAGACCAUGACUCCGUGCACGGCGACGACGCAGAGGUCGUAGACAUGGAAGACGUGCCGGACACUGACAACCACGGCGACGAGGAUUACGCCGUGUCUGACGACGAGUCUGAACCUGAAGAUUUGGCGGGGAUGCACGAUAACAGCAACAGAAAACUGCAGAGUGAAGUGCAGCGCCUCCAGGAAGAGCUUGCGAAGGCCAAUGAAGAGAACGAGAAGAAGGAUGGGAAGUUGGUAAAGCUUGAAUGGAGCAAGGGUGAAUUAGCGAGAGAUACUGAGCAGUUGAAUGAGCAGGUUAAAGCGUUGAAACGGGAGCUGGCGACUAAAGAAUUUGACUUUUUGAGCGCCAAGGACAGUGACAAUCCUCUUCAGGAUAGGGUGCAUCAUCUCAGCCAGGAACUAAGCGAAGAAAGAGAGGGGAAUGAAGAGAAAGCUGGGAGAAUCGCGAAGCUCGAAUCUGAUCUCGAAUUGGCCGAGGCAACCUUUGCGAAAGACACCGACCGGAUGGCCAAGGCGAUCGAGGAUUUGGAGAAGGCACUAGCGGAGGAGCAACAUAACGUCAAGAACUGCAGAGCCGAAAUCAAGGAUAUUCAGCGCCAAAAGUCAGACCUGGAGAAAGACCUCAAAGAGGCAGAGGAGCAGCGCGCGAGCGACGCGGCAGAGAACCAGCUUUUGCGCGCGCAGCUCAAGUCCUGCAAUGAGAAAUCGAAAGAUAUGCGGCAGCAUAAAGGAGAGAUGGACAAGGCAAUGAAUGCAACAGUCGAUGAUUUUGAGAAGCGCUUGGCGAGGGCUAACAGUGACAAAGAUGAGUACAAGAGAAAAUACGAGUCGGCUCAGGAUGAAUUGAAGGAAAUAGCUAACGCGUUGAAUGAUUGCGAGAACGCAUACCGUCAGAAAGAGAAACAGCUUUCCAGGUCGAACCAUUUGCUUCAGCAGGUCCGACACGAGGCCAUGGAUACGCAAACCGACUCUGACUUUGAUGGUGAUGAUAGCAGGGCUCCCAGCAGAAAUGAUGACCUGCCGCAGUCUACGCGGCUGGAUGCGGAACUCGAGAAUGUAUUGGAGAGCGAAACAGAAGGUUUUUAUUUCAUCCAAGACCAGAGUUCUGAUCAUAAGACUGACGCUUCCCAAGGCGACAAUGCUGAUUCUUCGUUGAACCCGAACAAGUCCCGUUUUCCCGGUCAUGGACGAAACAUGAUCCAUGAUGGAAGCAUGUCCGACUCGGAGGAUGAGUGGAUGGGCGCUUCAGACAAUGAAGAUGACGGUUUUGUUGAACUAAGCCCCGGCGUGGGCAUAGACUUGAAUGGUGAGUCCGCUAUCCAAGAACUGGUAGACGAUGAAGCACCAGUUUCCGACAGAAACAAGUUAGAGAGUGACGCUGACUAUGAGGAAGACGCAAAGAGCAUCUAUGAGAGCGCACUACUCGUAAACAGCACGAGCGAGCACGAGAAAACUCCGGUCGAUCAUCCGAGACAGCCCUCCGGGAUCCCGUCGAAUUCGAGACACCUUUGGACAGACAAAUAUGUCCCGACGCACACAGCCUCGUAUGCAAUGACACAAUUUGACCAUAGCGCAUAUCAGAAGCGAGAAACGUUUGAGCAAGGAACUCAGACGGAGGAUAUGCCCCGAAACCUCGAGCCGGGUUCCAGUGAAGAAAACCACAAGCGGCUGAUCAGCACACUGCACCCUCUGCUUUACCUACUUUACAUGCUAAUAAUACUAUUGGGCAGUAUGAUAAACAGACUAAUAAGCCUCGAGGUGACCCUCAGAAAGCAAUUUGAUCUCCCGACCGACGUUGAAUACGUCAAGGCAAGACCUCGGGGUCAGAUCCACGGGGCCAUGGCCACAUCCCCGAGCCAGCAGGAUGAUACGGCGCAGCACCGGCCGGAGGAGCCCAUGACGACGUCCGUCCAGAAGGCCGAGGGACAUCUCAGGCGCUUAGUGCAAUAUAUACUCCUGUGUAGCUGCGUUCUCGGAGUAUUGAUGGUAAGGCUGGUGUACGUGUGGUGGAGCGAUGACCAGUGGCAGUGGACGACAGCCAACAGGACCCCACGGUGUAUCCCUAUCGAAAUGCUGAGAGGCCACGGCAAUGAGCAUGACUGGGUACAGGUAUGGAACUUUCAAGUGGUGAAAAUUUUGAAUGACCGCGUGGCCCAUGGAGGCUAG